CAGAGAGACUUCGGGACCCCUCUUGACCUUAACCCCGCGUGGGUAGCGCCUGGCUCCAGCACGAUUCGCAUCUUUCUCCAUUGAAGUUUGGGGCUGUGAGGGCUAAAAUCUGCAGAGAGCUCGAUGUGUAGAGCCAAUGGUGCUUUUCCAUAGCUGCGCGGGCCACAGUGUGCCGCAGAAAUCCCGAGUGGAGGCAGCAGUAGCCCGAGGACACGUUUCUGGCCUGUGUGAUCCACCCGUGCCAGGCCUUGCAAGCUCCCACGUGGAGCCCGGGAGCUGGGGCACGUUCCCGAGCAGAUCCAGGCUUGAGCUGGAGGCUCUAAGAUGUGGAGCCCUGACGGUUUGGGUUUGGUUGGGUUUAAUUCUGAGGGGUUCCUUGUCCUCGUUGCUUUGCUUGCCCCGUUUUCGAGCCCAGGCUUUGUUUGUGCUGCGUACUCCAGUAGAUUUACAAGUGUUUGUGUUGCCUUAUCUUCAAACUGAAACCUCCUGGUUGGAAGAGGAAGUGGAGAGGUAAAGAGCAGCUUUAGGGAGUGAUGGAGUGCCAGGAUUAGUGCACUGAGGCCAUGCUUUUUCCAAGCUGGUGAAAGAAAGGGUUUCACCCACCCCUUGGGCUGCUCAUUUUCACCCGUGUCAGCACAGGCAUUUGUGUGCAGAAUUAGACUUCCCUGGGAAGUGAAACCUAAUUUAUAGAUGCCCAAAAAAAUCCAGAUCAGCUCCUAAAUGUUUUCGCUGGCCCAAAAGGGCAGAUGAGACUGCUGCUUUUCUGUAACAAUAUUGGUUUAUAGUGGAACAAGGGUGGGCAAAAGUAGAGUUCAUCUGCCAGACUGCACCCCUGUGCUCCUGAAAUAAAAUCCCAUAGUUCUCAUCCUUUGGCCAUGAGUUACUUUUGAAGUUGUUUAUUGAUGCUUAGGAGCAUGACUAGGGGCAUUUUGCCUUUUCUAUAGUCAGGAUUUUUGUUUUGCUAUCAAUACAUUGCAAGGACUGCUGUGCUGUGCACCUUGUACUGCACUUGUGCUGAAAGCCUCCCCUGCCUGGGGGACCAGCUCGGGAUCUGGGUCUUGGGUGCUUUAGGAGGGCCACAGCCCUUCCCCUCCACAGGUACCCCCUGCUCUAGUGCAUACCUAAGCUCAUAAAUCCACGUGGCACGUGGCAGCACAAAUUCAAAAUCCUUUAUCCCAGAGGCAGGAAAGGCAGUGUUCCCAGUGUCCAACACAAUGCCUUUAUUUACCAAGGCAAGCCAAGCAAACCUCUUGGAUAAGUACCAACCCUUGUUGGUUUAGUAAGUGUUUAGUGUAAAGGUGUAGGCUGGCACAUGCAGGAACCCAGUUAACAACACAGCCUGCUCCAUAGUGUGGCUUGGCCUCUUGGAGUUACACAGUUAUGAAGCUGCAGCUCUCUGACUUAGGGCUCUCUGUGUGUGUCUGUAAUUUUGGAACUUCAGGGCAGAUUUCCAGCCCCAUCCCAGUGAAACUUGCUGGUACGUUGAUUUCCCUCUAAAAUGAUGGCUUUGAGCAGGUCAGAUUAUUCAUUUAUAAUGUCAUUUGUUUAAGGGGAAAUCCAUCUAAUCUUUAACACAUACACAUUCAUUGCCUUUAUGUUUGGAAUCACUUUCCUUGUUAGUCGAUUUUGUCAUUAUUACUUCAUCUCUCUUAUCUUUUUGACAAUACAUUUUGUAACAAAGUCAUUGACAUCAGGUUUUAAAUUACUAUGGACUCAUUUUUAAGAAGAACUACAACAGACUGUAACGUUGUUACAUCUCUUCUGGCUUAGUUAUUUUCUAUGUUGAAAGCAGUCUGUGUAGGGCCCCUUCAGAGAGAGUCUGUGAGCUGGGCUCUCAUGUGUUGUUGAAAGUUUGCAAUAAAUAGAAUUCAUCCAUUUUAGUGCCUAUGCCUCAACUGCAAAGGCCUUUUUCAGGACAGGGAGCUGUCUCACUGCUUAAAUAUCACAAAUCCUGCCUGCAACACCAGUUACCUUAUACCUACAAGCUCUUUCUUCAGCAGAACCCAGCUGAUGAUAACCAAAGCUUCUACUUGGAGCAUCUCCUGUAGUUUGGCUUGGCAUGAUUACUGUUCACCUGUCCUGGCAGGAGCCUGGUGGGAUCUCAGACAAUUCACCCUGCUGAGAAGGACACGUGCCUACAUCCCUGUGCAAGUCAGCAGGAACUGCAGAUCUGUGUCUGGAUAAUGCUGGCAGAGAGCCACUAAAGUUGUCUCCCCUUGUAUGUACCCAAAUAGGUAAAACUGCUCUCUGGAUUUGGUCCUGUGGGAGCAAGCUGGCAAAACUGCAAAAGUAAACUUGGAUUUGCAGUAAAAAUUAGAGCUCUAAGUGUACAAGUCAACAAAAUGCCUUUGUUCCCUGUAGGCUUUGCAGUGUCCAGGCUGGCAGAUUAGCACUGGGUGGUGGGCAAACCCAGCUAAAACUGAGCUAUAUCUACCCAAAUGGAGGCACUGGGUUGGGGGCGUGGCAAAAUCAGAACGAAACCAAAAAAUUCCACAUUCCUAUCUUGCAAGAGCAAUUGCAGGAGCAGAGUCUGGUUCAGAGGUAACAAGAUAACACUUCUGAAGUUCCAUCCAAGGCCGCUGUGAAGUCCUGGCAGCAUGGAAUGAUGUUGAGACUGUGGAGAAAUGCAUUUGUUUCAGAGUGGAAGAGAAACAUCCUGUUCGUUUGGUUGGUUUGCUUUUGCAGAGCUUACACAGACCUUUCCCAAGAUGGUUUCCUCAAAUGAAUAUGGGUCACACACCUGGGACCUCUUACUGACAGUUGAUCAUCAACAUGAAGGUGUAGAUAAGGAAUUUCCACUACAGGUCAGAGGGGAUCUUCAUGUUGGAGGACUGAUGCUGAAAUUAGUAGAAAAAAUCAAAAUAGCACAAGAUUGGUCAGACUAUGCUUUCUGGUGGGAACAAAAAAAAUGUUGGCUUUUGAAAACCCACUGGACACUGGAUAAAUGCGGGGUGCAGGCAGAUGCUAAGCUGAUCUUCACUACUCAGCACAAAAUGCUGCGGCUUCGCUUGCCAAACAUGAAGACUGUGAGACUGAAAGUCAGCUUCUCUUCCAUGGUGUUCAAAGCUGUCAGUGACAUCUGCAAAAUGCUCAAUAUCAGGCGGCCAGAAGAACUCUCUUUAUUGAAGCAAUCAGAAGGCACACUCAAAAAGAAAAAGAAAAAAGACAAGAACAGCAAAGAACCAGCUACAGAAGAUAUUUUAAACCUGUGCAACUCUCCAGUGAGUUCUGGAUUACCAGCCAAUUCAGGUUUGUAUAGUAAGACCAUGACACCCAUUUAUGAUCCUGUCAGUGGCUCUCCAGCUUCCUCCACCAUGACCUGGUUCAGUGAUGGUUCCACAGCUGAGCAGAGCUGCAGCAUCCUGGCCCUCAGCCAAUCCCCCUGCUCCCCAGAGAUGCUGGCAGAGAUGUACCAGCCACGGACUUUGGCUGACAAAGCCAAGCUCAAUGCAGGCUGGCUGGAUUCAUCUCGAUCACUUAUGGAACAAGAUGUUCAGGAGGAAGAUCAACUUCUUCUACGCUUUAAAUAUUACACUUUCUUUGAUUUGAAUCCCAAAUACGACGCCGUGCGCAUCAACCAGAUCUACGAGCAGGCGCGCUGGGCCAUCCUGCUGGAGGAGAUCGACUGCACCGAGGAGGAGAUGCUCAUCUUCGCAGCACUGCAGUACCAUGUCAGCAAGUUAUCAUUAUCAUCAGAGACACAAGAUUCCACCUGUGAGUCAGAAGUGGAUGAAGUAGAAGCCGCCCUUUCCAAUCUGGAAGUGACACUGGAAGGUGGAAAUAAAAGCAACAUUUUGGAGGACAUCACAGACAUCCCGAAACUCGCUGAUAAUCUCAAGCUAGUUAGGCCCAAGAAGCUGGCACUCAAAGCUAUCAAGACAUACUGGUUUGUCUUCAGAGACACUUCAAUAUCUUAUUUUAAAAACAAGGAAUCUGCACAGGGAGAGCCUAUUGAUAAACUAAACCUGAAAGGAUGUGAAGUUGUACCAGAUGUAAAUGUUGCAGCGAAGAAGUUUGGAAUCAAGUUACUAAUUCCUGUUGCAGAUGGCAUGAACGAAGUAUAUUUAAGAUGUGAUAAUGAGGAUCAGUACGCUCGGUGGAUGGCUGCCUGUGUUCUGGCCUCCAAGGGCAGAACGAUGGCCGACAGCUCCUACCAGCCCGAGGUGCAGAAGAUCCUUUCCUUCCUGCAGAUGAAGAACUGGACCAUGUGUUCCCAGGCAGCCUCUGAGCCAGAGAAUGUGGAUAUGAAACCUGAGUGCUUCGUCUCUCCACGCUACACCAAAAAAUUCAAGUCCAAGCAGCUGACUGCCCGAAUUCUGGAAGCCCACCAAAACGUGUCCCAGAUGUCCCUGGUGGAGGCCAAGCUGCGUUUUAUCCAAGCCUGGCAGUCCCUGCCUGAGUUUGGUUUGUCCUACUACGUUGUGAGGUUUAAAGGAAGCAAGAAGGAUGAUGUGCUUGGCGUGUCCUACAACAGGCUGAUACGGAUAGACAUGGCCACAGGAGAUCCCAUCACCACGUGGAGGUUCUCCACCAUGAAGCAGUGGAAUGUGAACUGGGAAAUCCGCCAGGUCGCCAUCGAGUUUGACCAGAAUGUGUCCAUUGCUUUCACGUGCCUGAGUGCAGACUGCAAAAUCAUCCAUGAGUACAUUGGGGGCUACAUCUUCUUGUCAACACGUUCCAAGGACCACAAUGAAACGCUGGAUGAAGAACUCUUCCACAAAUUAACUGGAGGUCAGGAAUGACGUGGAGUAAACUCUUCCCCCUGCCUGCUUCUUUUUAGCUAAGACUACCAGAGAUUAAACAAAAAUAUCUCUGUUAGUUGCUGGCUACUAAUUGGUGUAUAUGUCAGUCUUGUACUGUGACUGGGAUGGUUUACAGCUUUUCUUAAAUACUGAUGUCAGUUUUGUUAAAUACUUAAGGUCACUGGAGGCAGUUUGGCAACUCCAUCAUCAAUCCUUGAGAAAAUUGAAUCAUCUUUGUUUUCCUUUUGUACAGUUCAAUGUUUUUAAACAAAUAGUGUCUAGCCACUGGACAGUUUUUUAACCUAGUACUUUUAAUUUCAGCUAUCUGUUUGGGUAUCCAGAACAAGUAACUUGAGGAUAUGGUACAGUGAAUUUUCUUCUCUGUUACAGCCAGGCAACUUCCAUUGUUAAACUGGCAAUUGUUAAAGAGCCCAGCAUUUAUCAGAACUAAGGCUGAAUAAAUAUGUAUUUUAAAGCU